AUGCGGAGCGAGUCCCACGGCUGGGACCCGGGCGCCGCAAUGGGUGUACAGAGCGGCGACUGGUGCCGCUCCUUUCCGCCCUUCUUCCGGCCACUGUGCGAUGCGGCAUCCGCGACCUCAACGAGAACACCGACGGUGACCUCUUCGCUUAUGCCGUCUACGGUGUGCUCCUCCUGCUCCUCUGACGCGUCGACGACGAGUGCGACGGCGGCGGCGGCAUGCGGUAGGGGUGGGGGUGGAAUUGACUUUGCCGGGAAGAGCGCUGGGGCCCUCUUCCAGGAAAAGAUACGCUUGCUGAAGAACUCCAUGCAGCGGCAGCGGGCCGCCCGUGCGCAGCAGCAGCAGCGGCGUGCGUGGGAUGCAUGUGAGCCGUUAGAGACGACGCACGCUGCGGCGUGGGCGUCUGACACGCUGCCGAACGGCGACGGCGUCGUUGCACCGGGUUUUCAGGCCGGCAGGAAGGCGAGGCGAGACGCGGCCGCGCAGGCGCAGCCGGCACCAAGCCUCUUUGCGCCGCCGAACUUCCCGGCGGAGACGCAGCGCACUGUGGUGUCGGAAGGAGACGGCGAGGCCGCCAUGCAGAAAACAACGCCGCCGCGGGGGAAUGGCCAAACGAACUUAGGGGAGGGCGAGGCCGGUGCGAUGGACUUGUCGGCGUCGCCGGUGGUUGUUGUUGUGCUAGACGACUCAUCGCACCCGGUGGAGCGGCGCGACGGCGCCGCCUCCGCGUCUCCAGUAGACGGCCACAGUACGCCUGUGGCCGCCGCUGCUGCGCAUGGGGGUGCUGCUGGCGGGCACGACGUGGCCGGAGAGAAUGGCGCGGUAAGACACGACACGGGGGCGGAGGAGCCGCGACAAAAUAGACGAAUACUUCACGGUGGCCGUGCCGCGGUCCAAGCAAGCGAAGUUUCACGACCCCCGACGCCCCACGCGGCAAAACAACACCGCCGUCACACGCUUGUGUCUCCGCUCGUAUCAGCAGGCCUCGCGGCGGGGCAAAAGUUGCUUGCAUCGCACGCCGUGGGCGGGCCGGUGGGGAGGGCGAGGAGACAGUGGGCGGCAAGCAAGGAGGCUGCCGCGAUCCACACCCUUCGCGCCCCCUCCGAGAGUAGCACGGGUCGGCUGAGCAGCCAGCGUUGCACGCGGGAAGCAAGCUUGCAGUCGUCGUUGCCGCCGCCUUCCGACACGGAGACGGAGCGGAUGCUGGGGAAGAGCGACGACGACGAGCCGGCGCCACGGAGGCCCACCCGAAGAAGUGCCACGCUUGCAGAGGCCGAGCUUGAGAGGCUGACGGCGGGGGCGGGCGGGAGUCACGUCCUUGUUCUUGGCGCUCGCUCCGUGAGUUCUGGAAACUCAAAUAAGCCACCAAAGCGGGGGGAUCGUGGAAGGAGCGGGACACGAGGCGCAGUCGCGGAGGAAGCGGCGGCGCUCACAGGCAGCCGGGCGAAUGGCGGCACGAGCGACUUCACGCAACUGCGGUGUUCUUCCCCCUGUCUGCUGCGGACGUGGGUGAGGGAGGACACGGGGCCUGUGACGUGCACGGCAGCGCCUGCCCGCUCAGUGCGCAGCGCGGGUGAAGGAAGUCAGCGUCGCACGACCGGCGAAAGCAGCCCCGCGGCGCGUCAACGUCGCUGCCUGCUUCGUCAAAUUCGCCUCGUCGAUGCCGAGCUUCACCGGAUGGAGCAGCUGCCGUGGUCGAAGUCGCUGCGCGCGGCCCCUGCCUCGGCGAACGCGCUGCAGAACGAGAAGUCCAAACUGCUGGCGCUGCGCAAGCGGUACAAGUGGGAGUUGGAGCGGGUGGCGGAGCGCGGGGACGCGCGGCCAGCCGGGCUGCCACCGCCACCGCCAGCAAAGUCGUCCGCGCCGCCCGCGUCGUGUAGGCGGCUUCCACGGGACGCCUCUCCUGCCUUGCCGCGCCAUGGGCCGUCCGUUUACGAAGCUGUCUUGCAGCAGCAAGAGCGGCAGCGGCAGCAGCCCGCGAAGAAGCCGCCUCAGGGAGGUCGUGUGGCUGGGAAGCAGACGACGCUGAGGCUCGCUGAGCGUGGGUCGAGUGCAGGUCGAGGAAAUACAACGACUUGGGACAGCGGCUUUGCCGCGAACGUGGGUGGCCCAGUGCGUUCCAGGCCGCAUGCGAGUUGCGUCUCUGCGAGGGAGCACCCCAGCCUUUCACGCGGGCCCUAUCGCCAAGAGGAACGGCGAGAGCCUCUUGGAGGCGAAUAA